CGGGGUCCGGCGGGGUCCGGCGGGUUCCGGAGCCUUCCCCAGGCGCGGCGAUUGAGAUCGGGCGGACCACGGCGGGAAAGAAGUGGGAGCCCUGCAGGGCCGCGUGGGCCCGGCGCCGGGGGAGCCUCGGAGUCCCGCAGAACUGACUCGAAGUUUCCAGUGUCACCAGCUAGCCUGUGAAAUUCUAAGCCAUGGAGACCAACCAGGAAACGUCUGUCUUCUUGGUGAAGAUCUUGGAGGAAUUAGACAGCAAGCAAAAUACUGUCUCCUACCAGGACCUCUGCAAAUCCUUGUGUGCCCGCUUCGAUCUGUCCCAGCUUGCCAAACUGAGGAGUGUGCUCUUCUAUACAGCCUGUCUUGACCCCAACUUCCCAGCCACGUUAUUCAAAGACAAGAUGAAAUGCGCUGUAAACAACCAGCAGUCCAAGAAAAUCAUGGUGGCUGCGGACAUAGUGACCAUAUUCAACCUGAUCCAGAUGAAUGGGGGAGCCGCCAAGGAGAAGCUGCCUGGAGGCCGGCAGAAGAUGCGCAAGAAAGAUGCCUCUUUUGACUCGUGCCGCUCAGACACGGAGAUCUGCAGCGCGGCCGAGUGCGAGCCCCUCAACUGUGAGCUGAGUGACAGGCCUUUCAGCCGGGGCUACCCCAGCCGCCAGUCAUCCAAGUGCAGAAAGGUGGACUGCAAGGACUGUCCACAGUUCAUUCCUGCCUCUGAACCUGACUUCCUGCUGGGGGUCAGCAAAGAUGUGAAAAACCGGGCAGCUUCCCUGGACAGGCUGCAGGCUCUGGCCCCAUACUCGGUGGCCAGCCCUCAGCCCUGCGAGAUGCAGAGAACCUACUUCCCCAUGAACCUCGAGAGCGAGUCCAUGUCUGAUCAGGACUCCCUGCCUCUCCCCCAGGGCAUUAAGCAGACCUUCAUCUCGAACGACGAGCCCUUCGUGGUCCAGUCCUGUGUCCAGAAAAGGAACAUCUUCAAAGAGGACUUUCACAACCUGAUGGCCGUGUCCCCUGGGUUGGCCAGCCCGGCCAACAAGGCCGAGGGCGAGCGCAGGAAGUCCCAGGCCCGCAAGGAGUCCCACAAGACGCCCUUCCCCCACCACAGCUUUGAGAUGCCCUAUAGCAGCCAGUACCUGAACCCCGAGUACUCCCCAGUUCCUGACAAGAGGCGGGCAAAGCACGAGAGCUUAGAUGACCUUCAAGCCUCCACAUAUUUUGGACCCACUCCAGUGAUGGGGACCCAGGAGGCCCGGCGCUGUCCUGGCAAAUCAGGCAAGCAGACCCCCUGGCCGGCCAAAAGCUGGAGCCUCAACACCGAAGAAGUUCCUGACUUUGAACGGUCCUUUUUCAACAGAAACCCCUCCGAGGAGAAGCUCCGUUAUCCAAAUUCCAACAGUCAGACACCCAACUUCCCAACCCCAGACAGAUGCCCCGCUUACCUGACACCACAGGAUCAGCAGCCCAUCCUCCCAGUCGGCUACUCAGCAAAGCCCAAUGGGCUCAAAUCUAAAGAGAUCCCACCCACUGUGGACCUGGAGAAGCACGAACCAGUCAAAAAGUUUAAAGACAAGAGCAUCAGCUGCGCCAGCGGGCAGCUGAGCUCAGACACCAGCAGCGUGGGCACCCAGACUGACCUGCACGUGCUGGAGCCCAAAACAGGCAAGGACCUGUGCACUCCCGGGCAGGGCAAGUACAGUGACCGGCAUGCCGUGAAGCAUUCUGAUGAUGACUCGGAGGUGGUCAGUGAUGACAUCAGCGACAUCUUCCGGUUUCUUGACGACAUGAGCAUCAGUGGCUCAACGGGGGUCAUGCAGUCAUCCUGUUACAACAGCACGGGGUCCCUAUCUCAGCUUCAUAAGUCAGACUGUGACAGUUCGCCAGAGCACCACCUCACCAGAAUCACCAAUGGGCUCCCCAGCGGCCAAGGGGAGAAGGGCAGCCGGCCAGAAAACAGCCACCACUCAGAAGAGGAGCUGAAGACCAGCGUGUGCAAGCUGGUGCUCAGGAUCGGGGAGAUUGAACGGAAGCUCGAGUCACUGUCGGGUGUGCGUGAGGAGAUCUCCCAGGUCCUGGGCAAGCUCAAUAAACUAGACCAGAAGAUGCAGCAGCCUGAGAAGGUGAGCGUGCAGAUCGACCUCAAUUCUCUGACCAGUGAGGCUCCAUCUGACGAGAGUGCCUCUCCCCGGAUGUUCCGUGCCCACAAGGGUGCCCACGGGCCCAAGCUGGAGAACACGGCUGACUGGUGCUGCUCAGAUGCCAGUGGGAGCAACAGCGAAAGCCUUCGUGUCCAGGCCUUAAAAAAAAGCCUCUUCACCAGGCCGUCUUCCAGGUCCCUGACGGAGGAGAACAGUGCCACAGAAUCCAAGAUUGCCAGCAUCUCCAACUCACCCAGGGACUGGCGCACCAUCACUUACUCCAACCGCAUGGGCAUCAGCGAGGAGGAGAUCAAAGAGCGAGGUCCUGGAGACAGUAAAGACUGGCAUCGGAAGUCUAAAGAGGCAGACAGGCAGUACGACAUCCCCCCGCAGCACCGCCUGCCCAAGCAGCCCAAGGACGGCUUCCUGGUGGAGCAGGUGUUCAGCCCUCACCCCUAUCCCGCCUCUCUCAAGGCCCACAUGAAGAGCAACCCUCUGUACACGGACAUGCGGCUCACAGAGCUGGCAGAGGUGAAGCGGGGCCAGCCUUCCUGGACCAUCGAGGAGUAUGCACGCAAUUCGGGUGACAAGGGCAAGCUGACAGCCCUGGACCUGCAGACUCAAGAAUCUUUAAAUCCAAACAACUUAGAGUAUUGGAUGGAAGACAUUUAUACUCCGGGCUACGACUCAUUGCUAAAACGGAAAGAAGCCGAAUUCAGACGAGCCAAGGUCUGCAAGAUAGCGGCUCUGAUUGCUGCGGCUGCGUGCACGGUCAUUCUGGUGAUCGUCGUGCCCAUCUGCACGAUGAAAUCAUGAGCUGCUGGAGACAAUGUUGCCGAUGGCUUGUGACCUCUGACAUCUCUCUCUGUAGUCUAAAAUCACGUGGCAGGUCAGGCACCACUUGUUGAAACAGAAACCAUGGAGGCUUUUCUGCAAAUGCUGAUGAUGAGCUUCAGAAAAUAUUCAUUCUAGAAAGAUGUCUACCUACCUAUUAGCUUUGACUUAAUGACACGGAUGAAUUUUAAGAAGUGCAAUAUCUUUUCCUACCGAAAGAAUGUAACGGACGACCAGUAGAUACAAACUGAAUUCUGGGCCA